AUGCGGUCUUUCUUGUCUCUUUUUUCCCUCCUGCCUCUGCCUAUUGGCAACAGCAAACGCAGGAGACUCACGGCUGCUGCUGCUGCUGCUGCUGCUGCUGCUGCAGCAAGCUGCUGCGUCCUCGCUGCUGCCCCCACCCACCUCCAGGGGGCCCCCACGGACCAGAGGGGGCCCCCAGCUGCUGCUACACUUGCUGCAGCAGCUCACGAAGCUAGGGGCCCCCCUCUGGGGGCUGAAGAGGCCCUUGUACUUGGAGACGCCUCUUUAAAUGGGGGGCCCCCUAAUAGCGGGGGCCCCCCCGAUUUGGGGGGCCCCCACGAUUGGGGGGGCCCCACCGAUUGGGGGGCCCCCAACGAUUGGGGGGCCCCCAACGAUUGGGGGGCCCUCAACGACUUGAGGGCCCCCAAUGACUUUGGGGCACCUUCAGGGGCCCCCCGGGACCUGGAAGACCCCAGCGGGUGGGAGCCUCAUGAAAUUCCGACUCCGUCUUCAGCUGCUGCUGCUGCUGCUGCUGCUGCUGCUACUGCCGUUUCAGCAGCAGCCGAAUCAGCGGGAGCGCCCCCAGGGGCAGGCGCAGCAGCAACGGAAGCAGCGGCAGCAGGAGAAGCGGAAGCAGCACAGAGGGUAGCAGCAGCAGCACACAGAGCAGCAGCAGAAGCAGCAGGGAACGGCGGGUCGACUGACGCAGCAGGAGCAGGAGCAGAAGCAGCAGCAGCAGCAGCAGCAGGAACAGCAGCAGCAGGAGCAGCAGGAGCAGCAGGAGCAGCAGAAGCCGAGGAGCCGUGUCCGUUCUCGCGCGAGUCUUCCGCGGCGCAGUCGCCGCCUACAGCAGCAGCGGCGGCGGCAGCAGCAGCAGCAGCAGCAGCGGCAGCAGCAGCAGCAGCAGCAGCAGGGGUGCCGCUGCUGGACGCAGAAGUGCCGCCUUCUUCCUGCUGGGUGUCUGCUGAGAAGGAACGCAUGCGGCUGGCAGCAGCGCAGCAAACUGCGAAGCUGGUGCUGGCUUAUCCUUUAGAAGGGUGUCAGGUAGCAGCAGCAGCAGCAGCAGCAGCAGCAGACGGUGCUGCAGCAGCAGCAGAAGAAGUGGAGCUGCUGCACGGCCAAGAAGCCAGGUCAACAGCAGUUGCUGCGCUGAAGUUCAAAGUGUCGCAGCUGCUGCGGCAGAAGCAGCUGAAGCACACGGAGGCGCUGCUGAACACGGACUUGCUGCGGGCAGCAGCAGCAGCAGACCCUGCUGCUGCUGCUGCUGCUGCUGCUGUCAGCCCCGACGUCUCGGGCAUGGAAACUCGCUACCUCUCAGCUUUGGAAAUGGAAAUAAUUACAAAACUUCCCGAAGGAGUUUCUCCAAACGAAGUCCUCAGCGUGACUCCCGAGAUCCCCUGCGUGCAGCGGGGCUUCCGCGACAGCAGCAAAUUCAUAGAAGAGCCGGACCCCCCCCCGCAGCAGCAGCAGCAGCAGCAGCAGCAGCAGCAGCAGCAGCAGCAGCAGCAGGAGGUGUCUGUUGCUGCAGCUGCGCGUCGGCUGCAGCAAGGGCCUGGCCUGCUGGAGCUGAGCCGCCGCGUAAUAGCCUCAGCUGCAGCAGAGUCCCCCGCCGCCGCCCGCUCCCCCGCAGCAGCAGCAGCAGCAGCAGCAGCAGCAGCAGCAGCAGCAGCAGAAGCAGUGCCCCCGAACGACCCGUUUUUCGCGCAGCAGUGGAACCUGCAGCAAGCCGCGGCCUUCAGCAUCAACGCAGAAAAAGUCUGGAAGCUCUGGACCGGCAGCAGCAGACCAAUGGUCAUCGCAAUAAUCGACAGUGGCUGCGAUCUUAACCACCCGGAGCUGCAGCGCAGCAAGUGGACAAACCCAAGUGGACAAACCCUGCGGAGGUUUGCGGGGAUGGAGUCGAUAAUGAUAAUAAUGGAUUCGUCGAUGACUGCCACGGAUGGGUAA